AUGUCUGUUCUCUAUGGUCCUCCCUCCCUGACCCAAGAUGAUGACCCCUCUGGGGGGUCGGUGUGGGGAGCAAAGGACCUGCCAGGAGCGCCUGGGGAGGCCGACGGGAGGUGUCCCACCUGGAGAUAUCCCAUGCUGUCCCGCCAUGUACAGAGGCUGGGUAAAGACUGGGUUUUCCACUGGAAUCUCUCUCCAAGAUUCCAAAAUGGUCACAUUUUUUGGCGCAUGAAGUGUGUCGAAUACUACUAUUUGGCUUGUUCCCCGCACUCAAACCCUCGGGAUUGCCUGGUUCGCUGGAGGUUUCCUCUGUUCUGGAACUGGCAGCUUCCCAACCUUGUACAGAGCCGUUCCUUUCAUCUCUGCACAGCGAAGAUGAAAUCUGAGGAAGAUGAGCCAUCGUUAAAGCGAAGGAGACACAGUGGGAAUCUGGACAUUUCUGGCAGUCCUACUGAAAAAUGGAGCAGCUCUUCUUCAGAUGAAAAGCCGUCGUCUCCUCCUCAAACCAAACGCAAAGAAGAACACACUCUCAAACCUAAAGGUGUGAUCAAAAGACACUGGGAAUAUUUUUGUCCACAAAGUAAAAAAAUGAAGAUCCUCGAAGAGGAGAAGCCAAUCAGCCAGGACAACAAAGACCCACAGGAAAGGUUUGAGUUCACUGUGAUGUCGUACAACAUCCUUUCCCAGGAUUUGUUGGAAGACAACUCCCACCUGUAUAAACACUGCCAGCGGCAAAUACUUUCUUGGAACUAUCGAUUUCCGAACAUUCUUGAGGACAUCAAGCGGCUGGAUGCUGACGUACUUUGUUUGCAAGAGGUACAAGAAGACCAAUAUGGAAUAGAGAUCAAGCCAAGUUUGGAAGCCUUAGGCUAUCAUUGCGAGUACAAGAUGAGGACAGGAAGGAAGCCCGACGGCUGUGCCACAUGCUUCAAGUCCUCCAAGUUCAGUCUCCUCUCCUCCAACCCAGUGGAAUUCUUCCGCCGCAACAUCCCGCUCUUGGACAGGGAUAACGUGGGCCUGGUCUUGCUCCUGCAGCCCCGGUUUUCCUGCAAGCCCGCCGCAGCCAUCUGCGUGGCCAAUACGCAUCUGUUGUACAAUCCAAGGCGGGGGGACAUUAAACUCACCCAGCUCGCCAUGCUGCUGGCGGAAAUGACCAACGUGGCUAUUCGGGACGAUGGGCGCUUCUCUCCCCUCCUCCUCUGCGGCGACUUCAAUUCCGUCCCUCACUCUCCACUGUACAAUUUCUUACGGGAAGGAAAGCUGAAUUAUGAAGGGCUGGCGAUAGGGAAAGUGUCUGGCCAAGAACAGUCUCCAAGGGGCAACAGGAUACUUACUAUCCCCAUUUGGCCUCAAAGCCUUGGCAUUUCUCAGGACUGCAUGUACGAGGAGCAACAGAAGCAACUAGAAAAAGAGAGGGAGAGAGAAGAAACAAAAGAAGCAAGUUUGGAAAACUCAGAGGAGAUCAUAUUAUUAGCAAAAAGGUUACCCACAGAUUUACACCACAGUUUCCGACUGUCUUCGGCCUACUCGCACUAUUUGCCCGAUAGCGGCGUUCCGGAAGUAACAACUUGCCACUCCAGAAGUGCCGUCACAGUGGAUUACAUCUUCUAUUCCGCAGCAGAGGACAACAGAGCUGAGGAGCCAGGAGGUGGCCCCGUUUUUAACGGGGGGCUGAAUCUUCUCGGUAGAUUGGCGCUGGUGACAGAGCAAGAUUUGUGGGCGGUCAAGGGGCUUCCCAACGAAACCAGCUCCUCUGACCAUCUCCCUCUCCUAGCAAAGUUCAGGCUGGAAGAGUAACAUCCAAAAAAUUACGACUGGUCGCCUGCCCCGCCCCCUGCCGCCCCCAUGGUCUUCAUUCUACAACAGCAAAGAAAUACCGUGGAUUUUUAUUUAAACAAAACCUUUUGUAAAUUGUCAGAGCCACUCAGAUAUAGAAAAAGCAAUCUGUAGUUUUACAUUGGAAUCCUUUUUUUAAUAAUGGAAAGUAUUUGUGCUGUAUUUUUUUAAGAAAUGUAUCUGGUUUUCACAGAGAUGGUACAAAGUGCUUUUUAAAAAAUAAAUAGUGAUCA